UCUUCCGUACCUUCCUCCCAGUGACGUCCCUGGAUGGUUCUUGUAUUCCCGUCGGAGCCCAUAUAUAUAUAUGGGUUCCGGUGUAAUGGUCACUUCUGGUCCUCCCCUGUGCCGUUUCCCUCCAUGUUAGUGUUUGUUAACCUACAAAUCUGCACUCUUUCUAAGUAAGUUAGAUAGCAAAGCUCCGUUCAAGCUUUUCAUCCGUCACAGUCCGCUAUCCGUGCAGGUAAUAGGUAUAGGUAAGGACCUUGAAGCAUGGCCAAGCAUCAUCCUGAUUUAAUUAUGUGCCGGAAGCAGCCGGGAAUUGCCAUUGGACGACUUUGUGAGAAAUGUGAUGGGAAAUGUGUAAUAUGCGACUCCUACGUGCGUCCUUGUACACUUGUGCGAGUUUGUGAUGAGUGCAAUUAUGGAUCCUUCCAAGGUCGGUGUGUUAUUUGUGGAGGAGUGGGUAUUUCUGAUGCCUACUAUUGCAAAGAAUGCACACAGCAAGAGAAAGAUAGGGAUGGAUGUCCCAAAAUUGUUAAUUUAGGGAGUGCCAAAACAGAUCUGUUCUACGAACGCAAGAAAUAUGGUUUUAAGAAAAGAUGAUGAGCCAUGCCAUGGGCUGUGCUUCUUGUGUGCCAUUGUUUUCUAGACAAGAAGACACCCAAUUUAAACUGUUGUAACAAUCUCUUGAGGGUUUGAGUUUAUAUUUACUGAAGUUAUGAUGAACUGCUAUUGAUUAGAACUUACUUAUAAUGUUGAACAUGGUUGUUUACCUGAACUGACACUAUUGCUUAUAAUCUAAUGUGCUUGCUUAUAUAA